AUGUUGGACGACGACAAUGAUGCUGAUUACGAUUCAUUCAAAGCAGAGAUUGCUGCUGGUAGAUUGGACAUUAAUAAUCUAAGUGCUAAACCAUCACAACCACCAAACGAAGAGGAGGAAUAUGAAAGAAUAGCAAAGGAAGCACAACGUCUUCAACAAGAGAGGCAACGUCAAAUGGAGUUGGAGUUGCAACGUGAAUUUGAAAGAUUGGAGAAAGAAGCUGGUGGUGCUCCUCAGAUCACCGACGAAGAGAUUGAACAAAGAAGACUUGAAGCAGAAGAGAAACAACGUCAACGUAGAGCAGAGAUUAUGAACCGUGGCAAGAAACCAGGUCAAGUAGACGAAGAAGCAAAAAAGAGAUUGGCUAAACAAAAGGAACGUGAUGCUGAAAGAGAAGCAAUGAAACAACAAAUGGCCAAACAAGCUGCUGUUUCUCAACCACCACCAAAACAAGAGGAACCAAAGCCAGAACCAGAGGUAGAACCUAAACCAUUGACAACCCAACAUGUUGCAUCACCACCACAACACUUGGAAAAUUUGGCAGAGGAAGAAGACGAAGACAAAGAGUAUGAAAGAAGAGCUCAAGAAGCACAACGUGUACAACAAGAAAGACAACGUCAAAUGGAACUGGAAAUGCAACGUGAAUUUGAACGAUUGGAAAUGGAAGAAAAGAAAAAAAGAGAGGAAAGUGGUGAACCUGAAGUCGACUGGGAAGCAGAGAGAAAGAAAAAGGAAGAAGAGGAUAGAAAGAGAUUCCAAGAGAGACAGAAAAAGAAACAAGAGGAAAUGAGAGGUGGAAAGAAAAAGACACCAGAAGAAGAGGAAAAGGAGAGACAAAGAUUGGAAAAACAAAAGGAACGUGAUGCCGAGAGAGAGGCAAUGAAGCAACAAAUGGCAAAGAAAGCUGCUGCCUCUCAACCACCAAAAAAAGAAGAACCAGUGGUAGAAGAGGAAGAGAAACAACCAUCACCACCAAAAUCUCCACCUCCAUCGCAACAAGAAGACAGUGAUGAGGCCUAUGAAAGAGCAGCACAACAAGCAUUAAAAAUUCAACAAGAGAGGCAACGCCAAAUGGAAUUGGAGAUGCAGCGCGAAUUUGAAAGAUUGGAAAUGGAGGAAAAGAAGAAAAGAGAGGAAAGUGGUGAACCUGAAGUCGACUGGGAAGCAGAGAGAAAGAAAAAGGAAGAGGAGGACAAAAAGAGAUUCCAAGAACGACAGAAAAAGAGACAGGACGAUUUAAAGGCCAAAAAGGAGACACCAGAACAACAAGAAAAGGAACGACAAAGAUUGGAAAAAGAAAAAGAACGUGAUGCUGCAAGAGCAGCCAUGAAAAUGCAACUAAACCAACAACAAUCUAAACCUAAACCAAUCGAUGAACCAGAAGAGGAUCAAGAAGAUGAUGCACCACCACCACCACAACAAGAAUUAACAACAUCUGAUUUGGAGGUAGUUUUAAAACCAAGUAAUGGAAAUAAUAAUAGCCAUGAUAAUAAUAAUGGAUUUACAACCAAGAUACCCUCACCAACACAACCUUUGACGAGUAGUUCACUUGCAGAUUUCCAAAUCCCUCCACCUGGGUCUAACCAAUUAUCUCCACCAAAUUUGAUUACAUCACCACCACCAACAUCAUCUUAUAAUCCAAACCAACAUAACAACAAUGUACCACCACAACCACACCAAGUCGGUUACAAUAGUCUAAACUCUCGUGAACAUUCAUCACCUCAACAUGGAGCUCAUUAUCCUCCAUAUCCAAUGCCUCACAAUGCCUACUAUUCACCGCAUCAAUCACCAUCGCCCAACUUGUACCAUUCAACCUAUUCCAAUUCCUACUAUCAAUCACACCCUCCUCCACCAUCAGGCUAUGCUAUCUAUUCACAAGAGGAUGUUGAUCGUAUGAUGGAAACUUUAAAAAAAGAUAUUCUUAAACAAUGUUCAGAUGAAAGUGCUAUUGUUGCAUUUGAACUUGAAGAUAUCCAAGUUAAAUAUGACAAGGAAGUACGAAAUUGUUCCUCACUUCGAAAUAUGCUUGCUCAUUAUGAAUCAACCAUGAAAAAGAUGAUCGAGCAACCUGCACCAUCACAUCAAAAUACCCAAAAAUUACAAGAAGCUUUGGUUGAUAAUGAUAGAUUAAGAAAGGAAAACCAUGAACUCAAAGAAAGUAAUGCACAAUUAAAUAAGGAUGUCCAAUUACAUGUAUCAAGAUUUGGUGCAUUAAAAGCACACGCUGAACAAAAAUUGGACAGUGCCUCUGAACAAUUAACAAAGUUGAAGGAGGUCGCCGCCAAGGAAGUUGCUGUUCUCAAUGCCAAAUUAUCAAAGUCGGAAUACAAACUUCAAGCCAAAGAAAGAGAAAAUGAAGAAUUGGCUAAAUUAUGUGAUGAAUUGAUCUUUAAACUUCAAAAGAAUUCUUAA